AGUUUUGUUGACUAAGUCAGUUAAAGGUUCCCAAUAUCUUUCGCCAUGAAGCUGCUGAUUCUUCUUUUUGUUUUCAUCGCUCUUGCAAGCAAUUCUUUGGCUCUGAAAAAUGAAAUCUGUGGAUUACCCGCUGCCGCUAAUGGUAAUUGCUUGGCAUUGUUUUCUCGCUGGUCUUAUGAUGCUCAAUAUAACGUAUGCUUUAAUUUUAUCUACGGCGGAUGUCAGGGCAACGAAAAUUCAUUUGAAUCCCAGGAAGAGUGUAUAAAUAAGUGCGUGGAGUAAUAUCUCUACGAAGAUAUCUGUAUCUAUGAUCUGAAUGUAUGCGUACGAAACACAAGAAACAUUUAGUUAGCCUUACAAAUCAUCAUUUAAGAGCAAGAAACUUUCUGAAACGAGGGGAAGGCACAAUCUAAGCUUGAUUUUUUAAUCUAGCCCGAAGUACAUAAUGCUUCACUAUUUAAUGUACAAAUAGAUUUACAAGACUAACAUCUGCACUUACAUGUAUGUGCCAGUUCUUAGCUAUCUGCCUACUUUCUAUAUAAGGCUGGCGGACAUGCAAGAUAAGCCAUAGCCAUAUUCUUCCCGAUUUCUGCGUAUAUGUACACCUCUAUAAAACGCUGGCGAGACAAAGUCUGGCCCACCAUAGUUCAACU